AUGGUGGACCAGAUGGCCAACUGUGAGGACAUCCUCAUGAACUUCCUGGUUUCCGCUGUCACUAAGCUCCCACCAAUCAAAGUCACCCAGAAGAAGCAGUACAAGGAAACCAUGAUGCAGCAGGUACAGUAGGUUUCUUUGGUAACUGUAUGUGUGUGUGGUGCGUGUGUUUGUCCUGAAAAUCAUAGCUCAUUGAAGAUGCCGUCUGUGAAACCAUGUGUUUACCCAGGAUAUAUCACUCACCAACAGCCAACUUUCAAUAGAAGCCACAAGCUGAUAUCAGGUAUCCAGUGCAUGGGACAGGGCCCAAUCUCAAGGUGUCUGAAGUGGGCCUAAAAUUGCAGCCAGAGGAGCAGCCAUGAGAGGGGGGGGACUGCAGGAUUGCAGACCGGUUCAAUUAGGAGCAUCUAGUGAGAGGUGGAGGAGGAGGUUGCAGCAUGCUGACAGUCUCCCUCUGUGAAUCCCCGUUCGGUGUGUGUGUGCGGGCUGGGCCGGGGCCGGCCCAUGUCAGGUCUGAUUGAUGGCCCAGCUUCAGGCAGCACGAUGACUCUGCACUAUCGGCCAUAUGAUUGUCUUAAUUGUGUAGACAGCAGCGUACCAGUGGUGUAUUUACUCGCAUCUCUUUCGACACCUAGUAUCUUCAGGCCCUUUCCCUUUCCAGGACAAUUUUUCCACUGCAGUCAGUGCUGUAAGAUGUGUUGCCCUGCACAAGAUCACACAGGAAAGGGGGGAAGUUUGUUGUAAACAAAAGGAAGUUUGUUGGAGAUUUUGGCCAACACUUUAUCAGUUGAAUGGGAGUUAAAAGGCAGCAAAAUAAAACCUUUCUUAGAUGUAGUUUGAUUUGUGUGUAUGUAUACAGUAGAUAUGAGCUGUUUUCUUAAUGCCCUGGGAUAAACUCCUUGCAGCAACCUAUUUGUGUAUUUCUAGGCGAUCUUUGAAGGGGAAAUUGUUUGCUUCAGGCAACACAGCUCUAAUGUACCAUCCUCCUCACAAUAUAUGUUUCUGCUUUUACACUGAAGCAGAGUCAGUGAGUUUUGUGAUUGGUGUGCUAAACUGACAUAUCUCCUCUGUCUGUCCACAGGGUUCUAAGACGUCCCGGUGGGCCGACCCAGACCACUUUUCCCAGAGACAGACCUGUAUGAACUCAUUCAGCGGCUGGUUUGGGUACAUGCCUCUGCUGCACUCCCAGAUGAGACUGGACCCUGUGCUGUUCAAGGACCAGGUCUCCAUCCUGAGGAAGAAGUACAGGGACAUUGAGAGGCUGUGA